AUGUACGAGCCUGUAUUUGCCAGUCAUGCUCCCUCCGUGGGGUGCAUAGAUAUUACUAAUGCGUCCAUCCUGAUCGACAAGGAAGACUUCGAAGGUAUUCAUAUCGCCGCUGAGGCCCUCGCCGAGGACUUUGCGCGGGUAACGGGCAACGGUGCUUCCCCGAUCCUUUACGAUCGUAGCCAAGACUUCGAUACAGAGGUUGCGAUUGUUCUGGGCAGUAUCACUCGGUCGCCCACCAUCCAGAAACUGAUUCAGGAUGGCAAGCUUGACGUAACAGCGAUUGACGGGCAAUGGGAGUGCUACAUCACAACGGUUCUUCACGACGCUAUUCAAGGAGUGAAGAAGGCCCUUGUGAUUGCUGGGAGUGACAAACGAGGUGCAAUAUACGGCUUGUAUACGCUCUCCGACCAGAUUGGGGUUUCUCCAUGGUAUUGGUGGGCCGAUGUCCCCCCAAAGCAGAGCAGCGAGAUUUACGCCUUAAAUGUGGUCACAAAACAUGGUCCCCCGAGUGUGAAGUAUAGGGGAAUUUUCAUCAACGAUGAAGCUCCAUCCCUCACUGGCUGGGUGCACGAGAAGUAUGGGCCAAAGUUCAAUGUGAACUUUUAUAAGCGAGUCUUUGAACUCCUACUUCGACUCAAGGCGAACUUCCUGUGGCCUGCCAUGUGGUUCGGCUUUCCUCAUCCGGGAAGCAGCUUCUUCAUGGACGAUCCCUUGAAUCAGGAGACAGCUGAUAAAUAUGGUAUUGUGAUGUCCACCUCACACCAUGAGCCAAUGCAGAGGGCUAUGAAUGAAUGGUUCGACCAUCCGUAUUAUGAGCCGGAGAAAAGCUGGUCGUGGAGCAAGAACAAACCGAAGAUCACCAAGUAUUUCCAGGAAGGUGCUGAUCGAGCAAGGAAAUAUGAAAGCUAUAUCACGAUGGGCAUGCGAGGUCAUGGGGAUAGGGCCAUGGAUGCUGAAGACCCGUCCGCAGUGCUCAAGGAUGUUCUUUCCACCCAACGGUCUAUUAUCAAGAAUACCUACGGGGAGGAAGAUGCGGUACACCAAUUAAUGGCAUUGUACAAGGAAGUCCAGGAGUAUUACGAAAACGGGCUCCACAUCCCAGAGGACAUUACACUGCUGUUUGCUGAUGACAAUUUUGGAACUGUCCGCAGGUUACCAUCGGGUGACGAAUCGACAAGGCAUGGAGGAGCAGGUAUCUAUUACCAUCUGGAGUACGUCGGAGUUCCGAGAAGCUACAAGUGGCUGAAUAGCAACUCAUGUGCGAAGGUUUGGCAGCAGCUGGAACAAACGUACAAUCGAGGCGCCAAUGACAUCUGGAUCUUUAACGUGGGAGAUCUGAAGCCUAUGGAGGUCCCUUUAACCUUCGUUCUGACCCUGGCUUGGGAUGCGCGAAGUCUCCAAAUGAAUCAACUGCAGGAGUUUUUCUAUACCUUCGUGGAACAUACUUUUCAUCUUGGAUCUGCUGUGUCACAACAGUGCUCGGAAUUGCUGUUAAAGUAUGACCGGCUAGUCGCCCUUCGGAAGCAUGAGCACAUCGAACCAGAGACAUUCUCCCUCAUCCAUUAUGGGGAAGCGGAGGACAUUUUGCGACGUUGGGAAGAACUGUUGAGUCAAGCGGAAGAGCUAGAGAAAUCGAUUCCUGCGCCCAUGAUGCCGGCGUACUUUCAGCUCAUCCUUCAUCCGAUUAAAGCCAGUUGUAUCUAUGUCGCGCUCAGAGUUGCGCAGGCGAAAAAUCAACUUUUUGCAGUACAACGACGCAAUUCCGCGAACACUUGGGCAUAUGAGGCACUGCGCCUCUUCGAGGAGGAUUUUAACCUCAGCGAGGAAUAUCAUUCUCUUCUCAACGGGAAAUGGAAUCAUAUCAUGCGCCAGCCGCACUAUGGCUAUACACAAACAUGGCAUGCUCCGUCCCGAGACAUGAUCAGCGGCCUCUCUUUCGUACAAAACCGACAAGACUCAAACCCCGUCGUUGGCUGGAUUGGCGUCGCUGUCGACGGGCAUCCCGGUAUUCGACCAGGACUCACUAAUGAAGAAUCCGAUCGUACUCAUCCUAGCCGUCGCGAUCUUGUUGCCGGAGUGACCCUGCCCCCUAUGGAGCCUUAUGGUCCCAAGUCUCGCUACUUCGAGAUUUAUUGCAGAGGCACCAAGUCCGUAUCCUGGACUCUCACAUCAACGCACCGCUGGCUUACUCUCUCGCCAUCCUCAGGAACUAUCCAGCCAAAAGGUGGAGAUGAACGUGUGAAGAUAACUGUAGACUGGGAGAGAGUGCCUUCUCAAUUGGAUGACAUUUUGCUUGUCGACUUACGUUCUUCGCUGGGUGAUUACGAGCAGAUUCACAUCCCAGUCAGUAACCGAACGGUCUCUGCAGAUGCCACAGGGUUUGUCGAAGCAGAUGGCCAUGUCUCAAUCUACGCCACAUCGUUCAUAAAUUCUCCUUUAUCCGCAUAUCGUAUCCUUCCAUUCAUCGGUCGCACACCAACCGGUGGCGUUGCUCUGACUGCUGGCACUCCGGUAUCGCACUCAGAAUAUCUCCAAUACCCAUUCAUCACAUUCACACCAACGGCCGCAGCGACACUGAUCCUCGAAUUCACACUUACCUUAGACACUGAUACCAGUUUGCCUAUCACAUACGACAUUCAGCUCGAUGAUGGGGCUUUAGCCUCCCACCGAUUGGUACCCCAAGUAGAAAAGCCUGGCAAGCUCCCUGAUGGGUGGCAAGAGUCAGUCAUGGACAACAUUUGGACCCGCCGUCAUUCGGUAGAUCUUAGCCUUCCUGGCCUUCACAAGCUCCGCGUCCGACUUCAAACCGAGAACUGCGUCUUGGAGAAGAUCGUGGUGGAUCUUGGGGGUGUGCGUGAUAGUUAUCUUGGUCCACCGGAAAGCUUCUUUCAUCAAGGCAAGUAUAGGUAG